CUGCCGGACUUGUGCUCGCUUGGAAACCCAAGUUCUGUCCAACAAGGAGUGAUGCUGCGUGUUCCCAAGCUGCACUUGCACUCCAGGGGAACUUAACAGAAAAACACGAAACGGAGCGGAAUAAGAAUCCAAUGCAAGCGCACCGACGAGGACGCUGAAACUCAGCGGAGGAACAUCUCGCUGCAUAAAAUGAUUCCAAUUGGCGACCUGAUAUUGUGUCGCAUCUCAUCUGAUCUUUGACAAAUUUGCGGCUCGACUAAAAGGAACUCCAGGGCAAGACUUAGAGGGUGGAAGAUUUCAUCGCAAGCCCGUUUGGCAACCUUUUUUCUUUUUUCUUUUUCUUUUUUUCCAUAACCCGUGGUCCGGACAACUUAAUCGCCGUCCAGAUGCAGUUUCGACUCUUCUCAUUUGCCCUGAUACUAUUGAACUGUAUGGAGUACAGCAACUGUCAGGCGCCUUCACAACGCUGGAGGAGAAACAAAAGAGCUAGCUAUGGAGCGUAUCCCAUCUGUAAAGGCUGCUCAGUGUGCUCCAGAGACAACGGCUGUGUAAACUGCCAGCCCAAACUCUUCCUGUUUCUGCGGAGAGAAAGGAUGAGACAGUAUGGCGAGUGUCUUCAUGAAUGUCCAGCUGGCUACUAUGGCAUGCGCAGCCCUGAACUCAACAUGUGUUCCAGGUGCAGGAUAGAUAACUGUGAAUCUUGCUUCAGUAAAGAGUUCUGCACCAAAUGCAAAUCAGGCUUUUACCUACACAAAGGGCGAUGCUUUGACACGUGCCCAGAAGGCUUUGCCCCACUGGAGGACGCCAUGGAGUGUGGAGAUGGCUGUGAGGUCGGGCCGUGGAGCGAAUGGGGAGCUUGCACCAGGAGAAACAAAACCUGCGGCCACAAGUGGGGUCUGGAGACCCGGACGCGGCACAUUAUAAAGAAACCACCCAAGGACACAAUACCUUGUCCCACCAUUGCUGAGUCCCGCAGGUGCAAAAUGGCCAUGAGGCACUGCAGAAGAGGAGGCUCGGGGAAGCAUCGAUCCACAGAGCCCAAGAAGAAGAACAAGAAGAAGCUGCGAAUUUGGGCCCAGGACCAGCACAGUGACCACUUGGCCUCUGCGUGCUCCACCCAGUGAGGACUGAAAAGAUGGAGAACCUACGAGAAGCUGCUAGCUGCAACCAUGCUCUGACUGACAAAUAUCACGAAGGACCGUCAACCUCUCUUGCCUAUAAGACCUCCAAUAACAUCUCAUAUACCCCCUCACCUACCACAACAUCGCUAUGAUUGGGAAAUUUGUCACUGCAAAAAUAUUUGUCUACUAUAAAAUAUCAUUACCAACACUCUAAAAACAUACUCCAUGCACUUGUCUCUUGCUACUCUGCCUUGGCUUCACUGUUCAGCCAGGUGACUCAAUUUCCGCAGCCCCACCCCGCACCUUGCCUUGUGGACCUUUACAGGUGACAUGACUGAACUCAUUUCCCCUCAAUAAUAAUGUCAUUAACUGUCUUGGAUGAUGGAGGAUGGUGGGGCAACCAGAGAGGCAGGAAAGCCAAAUCGAGGGAGGUGGAAGAGAGAAGGUAGUGAGAGAGAGAGAUAUAGAGAGCGAGAGAGUUGGCAAACUAUAUUGUUCAAGGGAGAGUAUGUAAGGGGAGACGAAGUAUUAAUAUGGAAGAUUAAGACGUAUGAGAUUGGGCUGAGGAAAGUGAGGCUGACGGCCAAGAAGAUGGCACCUUGAGCUGAAAGAGACAGUUGUUUUGUUUCUAUAUUUAUGUCAAAGCUACCCUCACAUUUCUGUCUGAAUGGAUAUGGACUGCUCCCAUGUGUGGCCUUUAUGUUCUGUACAUUUUUGAGAGUAAUAUUAAAUAAAUUACUACGCA